AGUUUGAGUCAUGACGCUGAUUUUGUUGUGCUAACCGGGUUACUGUGCUGCUGUGUCUCGUCCCAAAGCGCUAACAAAUCCACGUUGCAGUGAUGUAGCUCACUUCAAGAGGGACUUUACCCCGCUGUGAGCAGCUACCUUCGGCUCAUGUUUCAGUCCUGCGGGCCUGAGGACCGUUUGUGACCCGCCGCGGCACCGUCUAAGCUAAGCUAGCCGGCUAAGCUAGCAGCUAGCUAGCAAACGAGCUGGUGUGAGUUUGCAAUGUGCGGCGGUUUGUUUGUGUCGUCCCGGCCCGCUUUCUAAACCUGCUGCCAGGCGGACAACUCUGCUAGCUGCGUGUCUGUGUGGUCCUGAGCAGAAAACAGCGAGUCCCUCUCCGUAUGCUGGUGCUGCUGUCCGGCUAAGAUGUGGCAGAGUGUGGGGCUCACGCUGCUGGUCAUUGUGGCCACUCUGGUGUGCGCGCUGCUCUUCAUGCUGUUCGGUUGGUAUGUGGUCUGGCAGCUCUUCUUGUCCAAGUUCAAGUUCCUGCGUGAACUCGUCGGGGACGCCAGCACCCCGCAGGCUGAAACUCAACCGUCCGAAACCAAGAGUGAACGUACAGCCAGCGCCCCGACGCGAAGUCGGCCCCGAUCCGCACGCCAAAGAGUCGCUUCUCCAGAAACCGCUUCUCCAGAAACCACAUCGUAGAUCCUCCACACAGCCGCUGCGCAUCCUCGUUAUCAUCGGAGAUAUUCCUCACUGACCCGACACUACACAAGGACCUCACCAGGACACUUUACACUGACCAGGCAGAUCUCCUGGCUUCAAAGGGAAAAGCCAUUCAUGUUCAUUACUGUCCAUUUCUUUGUGUCAUCUGUUCGUAUGUUUCAUUGAGUGCAGUGAGUCAGAGGAUCCACUCGUGGUCCUCUGAGCUUCCUGCUGUAGUGACGGCCAACUUUCUGAGUGGCCGAGCUGCUUCCUGCCAGCUGUGAGGAGUUUAGAGAAGCUCCGUCACACAUAGAGAAAUGUUCUUAUCUACUUGUUUUAAUCACAUAUUUUUAGCAGAACUACUUUGAACAAAGUAGGCAGACAACUGUUGCAGAUGAGCUAGUCUCCAUCGUUUUAACAAGAGCAACAAAAGAUAAACUGAAGCAAUGAUUUGUACAACUGACAACGAAACAUGAAGUGCAAUGAAAGGAAUGUCCGCGCUGUCAUUUAGUUGUUCCUCGCACAGUGUACGCUGCGAUCCAUUAGUUUGGAAGCUGCGAGUAGAUUAUAAUGCCCAAAGCCUCAAAGGACGAUGACGAAUGACCGGGCUUCAUUCCAGAUGAAUAAAAUGUGACCUUUUUUUUUUUUUUCUUGCAACUUCUUCUUCGCCCUUUUUUUUAUAGAUUUAUACUUGAAGAGUCAGGAGAAAGUUUCAAGGAAAUGAAGCAGCAUUUAGACGCUAGCUGGCCUCCCGGAGCGACAGAACGAGGCUCCCUGCUGCAGAAAAACCUGCCCGAGUGAUGUCUGCAUUCUCUCCCAUCCCUGUGCCUCUGUCUGUAUCAGUGCCUGUCUAGAUGGCAUCCACUGUUUGUUACUCGGCCUCCUUUUGUACAGCCGGCGGUGGCUCGGCGUCUGCUGCAGGCCGAAGCAACGCUGACCAGGGCCUCGGUCACUAUUUAUGUAACACAGUUUCCCUCAAGAUACAGCUCAUGUAACUCUUGCACCUUUUUAUCAGCAGUGACUUUUUUUUUUUCUUCAGUGGAGCAGUAGCUUCAAAUAAACAAUGCCGUAAACAUGCCGAA